AUGGGCCCCAAAGAAAUCCACAUAACUACCAGCCAUGACUCGCAAAAACAUGCUGCAAGAGUUCUCUCUGAAAUUCUGACCGAGCUCACUAUUCGCCGUGCCUACAUCGGUGGAUAUGAUAUCGAUAUUUUGAUAGAAAUCCCCAAAGACACCUUGGAUCUUUCGACCCUGCGAGAGAAAGUGACAGAGUUGGACAAACGAUUUACAGAGAACAUUCUUAAAUUUUAUUUCGUUGAGGACUUGGAUGCAUUCUCUGAAGAUCCAGAAUCACAGAAUCCAGAAGAGACUGUCAAGUCCAGUCCAAAGAAGUUCACCGGAAUUGAACUUCUUUCCCGGAGCAAGAGCAUCGUCCUUAUCGAGACACUUUCAGCUGGAACUCUUGGUCUUCCAGAUUCAGUAGAUCUUGUCUACAAUGUACCAUCUUUACCCAUCCUCCAUCCCAUCAUUUUAAUCCUCACUAAGCUCCAGCGCUGGUGCCAGAUCUACAAAUCUCUCCGUCCCAAAACCUUGAAGAAAGCACUUACCGAUUCGUUUGAUAUUGAUUACCUCAUAGAGUGGCUGAGUCAACACGGUAUGCUCAUUGCGUUCGACGAUUACAAGGCAAAGAAUAUACCCAAAGAAAGACUUGUUCGUCAUGUCAGGAUGUAUUGGGAGCAUAAAGAUGCUAGAGAAGAAAAAGAGGUCAUGGCUCAGCUUGAAGAAGUAUUGAACGAGACAGACAAGGCAAUAUUCUUAGCCUCUGCCAGUCCCAAAGCCUCAGACAACACAGACAUCGGAUAG